GGGAGGGGUAGGGAGCGAAGAGAGAAAGAGAGAGAGAGGAGAGAGAAGAGAGAGAGAGAGAGAAGAAAGAGAAAGAGGAAGAGAGAAGAGAGUGUAAGGGAGGGGAGGUUAAUCCACAGCGCUGGUGAGACAGAAGUUUCAGCUCUGCGUUUCAAACACAAGGAUAGAAGAUACCAAACAGACACAUACGUACAGAUACAAUGCUGCUCCCAGCGAGCGUUGCGAUUGGCCUGCUGUGCCUCUGUCAUGCGGGCGGAGCGUGGGGUUUCGCACGCCUGCUGGACGACGUGGAGCUACGCUCGGCUUUCUCGGUCGCCCGCACCAACAGCAUGGAGGGCGGGCCCAAGAUGACCGUGACCUUCGACGCCGUUUACGUCAACAUCGGCGGGGAUUUCGACCCCAAGGCCGGCUUGUUCCGCUGCCGUAUCACCGGGGCUUACUACUUCUCCUUCACGGUGGGAAAGUUUCCGCACAAAGACCUGUCGGUGAUGCUGAUGAAGAACAGGAACGAGGUGCAGGCCAUCGUGUACGAGGAAAACGCUGGGGAGGAGAGGAAGGUGCAGAGCCAGAGCGUCAUGCUGCAGCUGGAGUUCGGUGAUACCGUCUGGCUCCGUCUCCACGGUGACCCUCGCUACGCGCUCUACAGCAACACGGGACACUACACCACCUUCAACGGCUACCUCGUCUACCCCGACACCUACGGCUUCCAGACACACCCCCACCGACAUCACCCCGCCUCUAACUCCCGCAACACCCCACAGCUGAGUAGCAACCAGGACACGGAGCACGUCAGGUCUGGAACGAGAGACGAGGUGGCGGUGCCGGUGGCGGCGGAAGAGAAGGAGUUGCAACGUAAGGAGGAAGAGGAGGAUGAGGAUGACGAAGAGGACGAACAAAGAUCUGCCUUCUCGGUGGGGCGCACCCAGAGCAUCGUGGGAGUCAACCAAGUGGGCAUACCGCAGCACCAGCCGGUCGGCUUCGACACGGCGUUCGUCAACAUCGGAGAAGACUUUAACGUGACCGAGGGGGUGUUCACUUGCCGCGUUCCCGGCGCCUACUACUUCUCCUUCAACGUGGGCAAGCUGCCGCAGAAGACGCUGUCCGUCAAGCUGAUGAAGAACCACCUGGAGGUGCAGGCGAUGAUCUACGACGACAGCCAGGGCGAGAAAGCUCUGCAGAGUCAGAGCUUAAUGCUGUCGCUAAAAACCGGCGACACCGUCUGGCUCUACUCCCACCAGAGAGAUGGUUUUGGGGCCUACAGCAACCACGCCAAGUACAUCACCUUCACUGGCUUCCUGGUUUAUCAGGACUUCCCCGACACCACCACCAGUAGCAGCCAAUCACAUGCAGAGAAGAAACCCUAGCUACAGCACAUGAGCUAGGGACUGAACGUUGUGGGAGGAAUUCAUGCAAAGUGGAAAAAGUCUUUGUUGUGUGCAGAGAGGUCAUCAUCUUCGACGCUUCCUCUUCAUGUGAAUUCCUUUCUCAAAAAAAAAAAAAAAAAACUUUUGAGGGACCUUGGACUGAGUGUAGAGCAAAAAUGGAAAAUAUCUUCAAUCUCCAGCUAAUGGCUUUCCAGGAUAUAACUGUAUCACACACACACAUGUGGAACCUCACAUGGCAGUAACAUCAACUCUAGUUGAACAUUUCUCUCUAUAAUGGAAACUCAAGUCAGUACCUGCUCACCUCUGUGCCAGCCGAACUCUCGUUUAAGUUAGAAGUAUUGCACCUCCGUGUCAUUGAAAUUCAUAGCAGAACUAUCCUGUGUCCACUCUUUGUGACUAAAGUGUUUCAUAUUUAAAUGAUUAACAGUGGGUUCAAAAGUUGACACAUUUUUUGGUGGAAGAAAGUUAGUUCCAGCAUCUCACUUAAGAUGAUAACAAAAUGGUAAUUCAGUCUGAUUAUCAGGCUUAACGAAUAUGCUGAUUAAAUUGGAUGCACACUGUAUGCUCUAUUUAACUAAUUGAAUUAGCAGCAGGUGGGGUUUGCUCAUCCUACAUGCUGUACAUGAAGGUGGGGAGGUCACAGUUUUUAUCCUCAUCAAAGACUUAAAGACUGCUUGUAUAUGUAAAAAGUCACUUUACUGUCGUUAUGUCUUUAGAGGCAUGUUAAACUGGUAUGAACAGUGCGUUUUGUGUCAAAAUGAGUUUUUUUUAUUUUAUUUUGGAGUGUUUCUCACUCAGAUACUCCCAGCUACACAGCGGUAGGCGAGGGCAACAGGACGAAACUGUUUAGGAUAAGACUGCAUAUCCAUCCCGUACCAACUGUUGACCACAUGCUACCUCUGGGCCUGCGGGGAUCUGGACCAUAAUUUGAUUUCUAAUUCUAGCAGCAGUUUAAUUCAUUUCUUCAGAUGGCGACCACUGUGGGGAAAAUUGAACAGCUUCUCCCAGGCCACGGUAAUAUGCAUGUCUGUUGAAUUUCACGCUGCCGGGAGAAAGAUGAGGCUGCUCAAAUUGUAAUGAACCUUGACUUUAUGAAAUCACCUCCUCUGUUGGAGAAGCACUAUGUGGAGUGAUACUUUGCUGUGAUUGAACGUUUACUUUUUUAAAUAACGGUUAACUGGAGGGGGAUUUCUGAGAAGUUUUUUUUAACCCAUAUAUAUUUAACCUAUGGUUUCAAUACACCAGACCAUUUUACUUCAUGAAAAAAAAAAAGUAUUACUUCAGCAAAGGAGAGCACUAACUGCAGUUCCAAGAGAUUAAUUUAUGUUGCCAACUCAAUACAAUAAAAGAAAAAAGAGUUUUGUGUUCGGUGCUUGUAAAACAACAUUUAAAGAUACACUUACUGUGGCCGGGUUGGCUCAGUUGGUAGAACAGGCGCACAUAUACGUACAUGGAGGUUUAUGCCUUGACGGAGAGGUCCAGGGUUUGAGUCUGACCAGCGACGAUUUCCUACAUGUUUUCCCCCUUUCUCACCUAGCUGUCCUGUCCAUUAAAAGGCAGAAAAGCCCCCAAAAAUAAUCUUAAAAACAAAGAUACACUUAUUAUUAUUUUUCUGUCAACAACAGACCAAAGUCUCACCGCAUCAACUUCCCAGCCAAACAAAUGAGACACAGUUAGAGACAUUGGAGUAUUUAACAGACAAGCAUUCAAACCAGUGCACUUCAACAAAGCACAACAUUAAAAUGAAGUUAUAUUGACAUAUUUACUGUGAAAUAUCUCAAAUAAAAAAACACCAUAGAGACAGAAUGCAUUUAAGUCCCGUCCCCACCAGAGGGGAAAAUCAACUCUCCGCUCUCUAUUGACUUGUAUUGCGUGACGUUGCCUCCUGGUCAUUGCCGUCUGUUAGAGAACAACAGAAAAAUGCUUUAAAGCUGCUGUGUGGUUAUAUGCACUAUCAACAAGGUCAAUAACUCAAAACUGAAGUUAUUAUAAGCUGCCAAACCCCAAAACUGAGUUUUUAUAAAGACCAAAGUGAGGUGAGGAAUCAGCAGGGAGAACAAGAAGACACUAUGCUAACGUUAUGACAAAUGUUACGUGUGCUGCAAGCGUUUUGUCACCAAGUCAGAUAUCCAAAUGUCCGUUUUAGGCUAACUAUAUUCAUGUACAAUAUGCUAAGCUAAAAUAUUUUGACAGUAUGUGACCCGUGUUACAGUGGAAUGUGGAUAAAUCAGAAAGCUAUGCUGCAUUAUGUUUACCUUAGCUUGCUAACGUUGAGCUAACAUUAGCUUACUAACAGCUAACUUGUCCUCUCUGACACUGGUUGCUAAACUAAUCCUUUGACAUGCUUAAAUCUAAGGUUUUUUGGUAGCUCCAGGGACUUUUACUAGCUCCAGGCACUUGGUUAGCGUUUCCGCUAGCUGCAUUUUGUGGUGCCGAUUGUUUUCCCCUACGGUGGACGUGGUUUUGACGCGAUGCGCUCCGUCUUUAUCAGGAUAAAUCUGAAGGUGGGGCGGCCUCUAGCUCACCCAGUAAGAGCGUGCGCGCCACGUAAGCUGAGUCCUUCACAGCGGCCCGGGGUUUGAAUCUGACCUGUGGCCCUUUGCUGCAUCUCAUCCCUUUUCCUGUCUAUCCAAUAAAGAGAACCCCCCCCCCCAAAAAAAAAAAAUCUUUUAAAAAGCCGCUUCACACCUCCUUCUAAAAACUAAUAAGAGACUUCCCACUCUCCCCCAGGCCUCUCUUCACUCUACACUGUCACUAAUCAACAAUUUCCUGUCCUGUAUGGCUGCACUGACUUUGAAGAAAGUGACAGAAUUUUUGGAAAAUGAGAUGCUAAUUUCUUUUUCACAGUAAGAAAAGUAUACUGGGAGUUUGCCUCAUUUCAGAUAAUGUAUUCUGUCACAGUCUGACCCGUGGUGGUUUCUCUAUUUCAGCCUCAGUGAGAGUUCAGUGCACAGAGGUGGACUUUUGAUUGCUUCAGUUUUACUUUGAAGGCGGACCUGAGCCAGUUCAGCGGGUCAUGAUUAGAACUCGCGCUGUGUGAAGUGACUUGAGCAUAACUCAUCUGAAGCACUUGUGUGAUGCAUGCAUGUAACUGAAACAACUAAAAAUGUAAAAGAUACGUUCUCGUGACUGCUGAGCAGCUCCACGGGCCCCGUCCAAGACGCCUGUUUACUGUGUAUUUUUCUCAAGUGAAUCCACUGUGCAGUAACUGACAAUAUGUUGGAUGUUUCUGGUCUGUGCUUCUUUUUUUUCUGAUAAUACUCAUGGAAGAUUGAUCAUUGUGCAUUAGAAACUAGCACGAGAAGACAUGAGUCAAAAUGUGGUUGAAAAUUCUUCCAAAAUAAGCAAUUGUGUAUUUCUCAAAAGCAAAUACCUAACCAAGGAAAAAAACAAGGAAAAAUAACAAAGAAUAACCUUUUGACCAAUGUCUUGUUUUCAGUAGUCUGGCUCAUGUUGACUUUUUGAAAUGUUUUCAGUAUUUCUUUCAUGUAAAAUGAAUGCUUCAAUAAAAAUGUUUGACAAAAUAAA